AUGGCCGGAGUAGUUAAUGGCGGACCAAAAGGUGGUGAACAGGCGCUACUGGUGCCACACCCAGCAAGAGAUCAGCUUCCAAAUGUCGCAUACUGCAUCACAAGUCCACCUCCAUGGCCCGAAGCUAUACUGCUUGGUUUUCAGCAUUAUAUAGUAAUGCUUGGCACAACGGUUAUCAUUCCAAUGGCUCUUGUUCCUCAAAUGGGUGGAGGCAAUAGAGAGAAAGCCGACGUGAUUCAAACUAUGCUUUUUGUUGCUGGAUUGAACACAUUGCUGCAAACUAUGUUCGGGACUAGGUUACCUGCUGUCAUUGGGAGUUCGUAUACUUUCGUUCCACCCACUAUCUCAAUUAUCCUCUCUGGUCGUUGGAGCGAUCCGGAUCCUAUAGCAAGAUUCAAGAAGACAAUACGCGCGAUCCAAGGUGCUUUAAUUAUUGCUUCAACAAUUCAGAUCAUUCUCGGGUUCAGUGGUCUAUGGCGUAAUGUUGUUAGGCUGUUAAGUCCACUUGCAGCAGUUCCUUUGGUUGCUCUUGCUGGCUUUGGGCUAUAUGAAUUUGGAUUCCCGGGGGUAGCUAGAUGUGUUGAAAUUGGGCUACCUCAGCUCAUCAUUUUACUAGUCCUGUCCCAAUACAUAUCGCAUAUGUUACAUUCUGGAAGGAACAUAUUGGAACGUUUUGCUGUUCUGAUAUCUAUUGCAAUCGUUUGGAUUUAUGCUCACAUACUUACCGUUAGUGGCGCCUAUAACCACACAGCUUUGAAGACACAAGCAAGUUGCCGUACAGAUCGAGCAGGACUAAUUCACGCAGCUCCAUGGAUAAGAGCUCCAUAUCCUUUUCAAUGGGGUGCACCCUCCUUCAAUGCCGGUGAAGCUUUUGCCAUGAUGAUGGCUGCUUUUGUAGCUCUUGUAGAGUCAACUGGUGGCUUCAUUGCGGUUUCUAGGUAUGCAAGUGCAACUCCCAUGCCACCAUCUAUUCUAAGUCGCGGUGUUGGUUGGCAGGGAAUUGGCAUAUUGUUGUCUGGUUUGUUUGGAACUGUAAGUGGAUCCUCAGUAUCUAUUGAAAAUGCUGGUCUUUUGGCUUUGACCCGUAUUGGUAGUCGUAGAGUCAUUCAGAUUUCAGCUGGGUUCAUGAUAUUCUUUUCGGUCCUUGGAAAAUUUGGAGCAGUCUUUGCUUCAAUACCAGCACCCAUAGUUGCUGCUAUAUAUUGUCUUCUCUUCGCUUACGUAGGCGGGGUGGGGCUUAGCUUUCUUCAAUUCUGCAAUCUGAACACCUUCCGAACAAAGUUCAUACUGGGGUUUUCAGUGUAUUUGGGCUUGUCAGUUCCUCAGUACUUCAAUGAGUACAUCGCUAUCAACGGUUAUGCCCCUGUCCACACAUCUGCAAGAUGGUUUAACAACAUGGUCAACGUUCCUUUCUCAUCAGAAGCUUUUGUAGCAGCAGUCGUGGCAUAUUUUCUAGAUAACACUCUUCACUACAAAGACAGAUCCAUCAGGAACGAUAGAGGCAAGCAUUGGUGGGACAAAUUUCGUUCGUUCAAGACCGAUAGCAGAAGUGAAGAGUUCUACUCAUUGCCCUACAGGCUGAAUAGAUACUUCCCAUCUGUGUGA